GCUGUAGGCAGCACAGCUUCCAGAGUAGGCGUGGGCUGUUGAGGAAAGAGGACAUGAGCGGCCCUGGUCAGGAAUCAGGCUUCCCGCGCAACAUUAUAAAGACUCCCCUCCCUCUGGAUACCCUGGACAGUCUUGCUCAGACAACUGUGGAGGGAGUAGGUUAUUGCCCAGCCUAGCCCGAAGACAGUUAGUUACAGAUUGAGGAACCUGAGAGUUGAACUGAGGGUUGUGAGGACAGCAUCGUGCGCAUUGGUUCUCGUCCCUGCUGGUCGGGGUACGAGUAGGGAGCUGGUCUCACCUAACAGAGGCGUCCAGGAGACUGCCCUCCAUGUUUUCUCUAGCUGGUGUCUUCUGCAACAGGAUGAGCAAGAUCCAGGUGGUGGAGGGAUAUAGGGUUGGAGGGAGGCAUGAGGCGGCGGGGUCUGAAGCGGCUGCUGCGCAGGGAUACGUAAAGGAGUUUACGCGCCACUCCAACGACGUCCUGCUGAAUCUGAACGAGCUGAGGCACCAGAACAUUCUGACCGAUGCCACCCUGGUGGUGGGCACUGCCCGACUGCAGGCACACUGUGCUGUGCUCAUUGCAUGCAGUGGGUUCUUCUACUCCCUGUACUCCCGUCGUGUGUCCUCUCCUGGAUGGAGUGGUGCUGCAGGCCAGGCCCUGACCCUGUCACUCCCUGACUCCCUGGACCCCUCCAGCGUCUCCCUGCUCCUGGACUUCAUGUACACCUCCCAGCUGCCCCUCACGCCACGCACAGUCCCCGGAGUGCUCUCCGUCGCCACCUACCUGCAGAUGGACCACGUGGCUGACGCCUGCAGAGCUUUCAUGUUACACAGUGAGAGGAUGAGAGGGACGCCCCCUCAAAUGAAGCUGGACUCCACGGUGUCUGUAAUGUCUGCAGCACUCUCAGGGGGAGCUCCUCUUAAUCCCACUGUCAAUGGAAGACCCCGCCCAUCUGUCCUCGUUGUCUCCACCCCCUCCCAGUCCGCAGCGGAGGCUGAGGGUCGUAUGUGUCAUGACUCGGCCAGCAGGGUCCCUGGAAACUUCCGGGCCUGUCUGCAGCCAGGGACUUUCCUGACCCGCGAGCCCAGGUCAAAGGAACUAAAGCAGGAGCCUGAAUCACCCAUCCUGGCCUCCACCCCUUCUCCAGACAGCCCGUCUCGCUCCAGCUGUCAGCCCAACUCUCCUGCGGAGUCCAACACCUGUAAUCUAGGUGAACCCAAGCGCAACCCUGACCCCAAAUCCUGCAACUGGAAGAAAUACAAGUACAUUGUCCUCAACCCCCUCUGUGCCGAAAACACGGUAAAGGAGGAGGAGCCUGAGGAGGGCCGGCAGCAGCUUGACCACAUCCCCACCUCUGAUAGGAUGGAAGUGACAUUGAAGCCACCUAUGGAGGCAUGGCCAAGGAAAGGAUCCGGACAAAAUGAAAGCCCUCCCCUGGUUCCCCACCCAGGGCUGCCAGCCCACCCUGUGGAACCCCCCAUGGUGCCCCCCACCCACAAGGAAGGAACAGUCUCGCCUUGCUGUCUGGCACCACGCCCAUUGGAGCCAGAGGCCGCCCACCACUGCCAACACCCAAUUAAGCGUGAGAAUUACAGCUUGCCAUUCUGUUACUCCGGCAACCUGAGCGUGAUAAAGACUGCCUGCAUAGCCCCCAUUGCAGGAGACAAGCCUUACCGCUGCAACGUGUGCGGUGCCCAGUUCAACCGGCCCGCCAACCUGAAGACGCACUCCCGCAUCCACUCCGGAGAGAAGCCCUACCGCUGUGAUACCUGCGGGGCCCGAUUCGUUCAGGUGGCCCACUUGCGAGCCCAUGUUCUGAUUCACACGGGGGAGAAGCCUUAUCCCUGUCACACCUGCGGCACUCGCUUCCGUCACCUGCAGACCCUGAAGAGUCACCUGCGCAUUCACACUGGAGAGAAGCCUUACACUUGUGAGAAGUGUGACCUGCACUUCCGCCACAAGAGCCAGCUGCGUCUCCACCUGAGGCAGAAGCAUGGCGCCGUCACAAACACCAAGAUCCGCUACAAGGUCCUGACCGACCCCUACCAUCCCAUCCUGCAGGCCUGUUGACGGUCCUCCCUUUGACCCAUGACCUUUAACCCCUAACCAUAACCCCACAGAUACCAAGAAUAACCCCAACAUUUAUGUCAAUCAAAUCAUGAUUGUUUAUCAGUUUCCACCCUGGUUUCUCCUGUGUUGUUAUUGUCAAUGGCUGUGUCCCAAAUGGCAGCCUAGGCCUGGUUGCAUAAAACACCUUAAUUGAACAGAGAAUUUUCUUAACUUUAAAUCAGUUGAACAAAACAUUUUAAAAGGUGAAUUUCUCCCUUAAAUUAAGUGAAAAAGUUAAUGGUGCCCAUGAGGUCCGUUAACUGCUUCGUUCAGUUUGGAUAUCAAUGUAAACAGAUUGUGGAUGUGAAUGUUACUUUCGUCUGCUCUGGUUACAAAAGGAAAACAUCAACCAGCUAGCUACUUAGCUAAUCAAUGGAAGGUGCACGAUCCAUGGCUACAAAAGGAAAACGUCAACCAGCUAGCUACUUAGCUAAACAAUGGAAGGUGCACGAUCCAUGGCUACAAAAGGUAGCUGGCUAGUUAGCUACUGCUACUCUGAAAACUAGCUCGGAAGUAAUAUAAACAAGUUGAGAAAAAAGUAACCAGAAACUAGGUUUAUUAUCUAAUGAAGCAAUUAAGUUCCAUUUUGAUAUCUCACAAAAUGAAAGUGACCUCUUUGACGAGAGGUUAAGUCAGUGAAUCAGACCAAGCCCAUGGUAACCAGAUACUCUGUCUGCCAUACAUGGGCUCUAUGCAACGCCUUUAAACAAUUCCCUUAGGCAAGGGACAAUUAUUUCUUAAUGUAAAGCCUUAUGGGAAACACUUAAUGUUUUAUGCAAACGAACCCUGUACAUUAUAUAGUGCACUACUUUUGACAAGGGCUCAUGGAGCCUACAGGAAUAGGAUGCCUUUCAAAACUGCCUGGCCCCAUCAAACCUGCCUGAUUGAGAGCUCAGCCUCGCCCCUCAAAAACAUGAGCUCAAGUCUGUUUCACUCAAGUAUGUUUCACUCACUGGCUAGAGGGGCCAUUAUAAAACACAUAUACAUGACUAGUUGUAAGCCAAUCAAACCAUGAUGUUGUAAAGGAUUUGUGGAAAGGCAGCCGGAGCCAGAGAGAGAGAGAGAGAGAGAGAGAGAGAGAGAGAGAGAGAGAGAGAGAGAGAGAGAGAGAGAGAGAGAUCGGGGCUGAUAUGUAGAUAGGAUGACAAUGCCUCUCCUCUAUGGUAUUGAGCUGGAGUCGGUCUCAGGCCACUUUAAGAGUUAGGUGGAUAACAUGUCAAGAGAGCUGUCGAAAGUUACUGGGAGUAGUAUGAGAUGUUUUUGUAUCCAAGGAGGUGCUUUGAAAAGUUGAGAGUUUUGAGGUUAUGAGUAGAGAGUGAGUGAGACACAGACAGAGCUAGAAGAGAAGGGAGAAAAUGAGGAUGAAGGACUAAGGAGUGUGGCUAGAAGAGAAAAUACAUUUGACAUGGUUGGUUGGAAUCAUGAGAUGAGGAAUUGAUUUCAUUAGCGUGACAGAGAGAAUGUUAUAGUAAGUUGUAGAGUUGAAUAGAGCAAGUGAAAGAAAGUUCUGCGCCAAUGCUUUGUUUAUUUUCAAGUGCCACAGCUAUUUUUAGGGACCAGGACACAUUGGGGACCCGUUGAGUAUUUGAGAUGGCAAUGCCACAAAGAUGUCAUUAAAUAACAAUACAGAGAUAGGUAAUAAUGCCCUAAGAACAAAGGUAAUAAUGCCCCAAGCACUACCGUGUGAAUCGACUACUCCGACUGUGUCAGCUUUAAAUAGCUUUUUUAACUAAUGUUUAUUUUUUACACACUAAAACCAAAGGCCUGGGGCCUUUGUAUAAUGUAUAUGACAGGUGUCAUAUAAGAUACGAUGUUUUGCCCAUUACAUCCGUUCUGUAUUUUUCUAAAGGUUUUUAUUUAAAAUGGCAGACUAUAACUUGUCAUCGGUGCAGAGUCCGAGCAGGCAAAGGACUUCCGUCUCUUGUGUAUGAAGGAAUAUCUUCUCUCAGAGCAUAAAAGCUAGAUAAUGCGACUGUAAAAAUGGAUGAGAGAUGAUAUUGAUAUUUGAAAAUGUAUGGUGUUCUUUUGCUGGACAAAGACAAGGACUGUUUUAUACUAAUUAAAUUAAAUUGAUUGACCUUAA